GUUAUGCGGUGGAGAUUCUUAACAGAAAUCCAGCUGGCGUUGGCCGUUCUGUCAACGGCUCAAACUUCUGGAGCAAGCGAGAUCUGUGGUACGGUACCUUCGUACGCCUUUUUUGAGAGUACAGACGAUUGCAGUGCCUUCAUUUUUUGCAAUGAAGGAGAGGAAGUAAUCUAUCAGUGUCACGAUGACGAAAUAUGGUCUCAGGUGAAUGGGGCGUGUGUGCUGGGCAAUGCAGAAACAUGUGAACCAUGGACGGCGGAAAUCGAGUGCGUUAACAAGACAGAAGGACAACUCGUUGCAUAUCCUAGAGAUUGUGGUAGAUUCAUCUUGUGCGGUGCAAACGAGGCUAUUGUGCAAGAAUGUGAACGGGGGAUGAUUUUCGAUGAACUAGAAUCCAAAUGCGUCAUCGGAAGAUUGGACGGGUGCGAAUUGCUCGCAUUUCCUUGUGAUGGUAAUGAAGAUGAUGGCUGGAAACACCCUGACCAUUGCGAUAUUGGCAUUAGGUGUUCAGAGAAUAAUACCAUCUUGGAGCCCUGUCCUGAGGGAUAUAUAUUUCGAGAAGAUUUUCAAAUUUGCUUUCCUGGUGAUGUACCAACUUGUGAGGCACUCCCCUUAGAGGAGAUGUGUGUGAACAGAACAAAUCAAAUAUUAGUGCAUCCCGACCGCUGUCAAUCGUUUGUUCAAUGUAAUAAUGAUGAGUCGAUUGAGCAGGAUUGCCCACGUGGUCGGAUCUUUCAUGCAAGGAAUGUGACAUGCAUAGUAGGAAGCAUUUCAAGCGACGGUACCUGUGAGUCACUGGAUCAAAUUUGUACAAACUCAACGAGUGGUGAUGUGUUUCAGCAUUCGGAGGAUACAUGUGAUAUAUACAUCCAAUGUUUGGACAGUGCAACUCCUCAGAUUAAUUUCUGCGCAUCGGGAAGAAUAUGGAGCCAAAGAUGGCUCAUGUGCAUCCCUGGAACCCAGAAUGACUGUCAACCAUCCUCUCUUGAAACUAUGUGUUAUAAUCAACCAAUUUGGGCUAGAUUUCCCCAUCCGACGGAUUGUACGAAGAUCGUAAGCUGCAAUGUUGUAGAUUAUACUGAAAUAUCCUGUCCAGUCGGUUAUAUCGUGGAACCUGGUACACUUGACUGCAUCCUUGGAGUUCAGGAAAAUCCUGAAACCUGCAUAUCUCUUGCGGACAGUUGUACAACCAAUCCGAAUGCAGUUUUGCCUUUUCCUGGUGAAUGUGAGAGGUACAUACAGUGCCAAAACGGAUCUCCUAGUCUGAUGUUCUGUUCACCUGGUGGAAUCUUUGUAGAAGAUUUAGGACGAUGCGCUCCCGGUGAAAUCGAAGAAUGCUCGCUACUGCCGUGCAAUGACCAAAUCGCUCAACAUCCAAACUACUGCCACAUAUUUGUCACUUGUAAUAACGAUCAAGUUAGCGCAGCUCUUUGCCCAUAUCAGCACAUUUUCCAUCAGCAUAUGUUGCGAUGUACCCCUGGCGAUGAAUCCACAUGUGAAUAUGACCCACUGGAAACGAUGUGUGUUGGAAGGUUCACUAAUAGUAUUUAUCCAUACCCGUCGGAGGAACUGCGUUGCGAUGUAUCAAUAAGGUGCAACAAUGGCGAAUCUGAGCUACAAUUUUGUCCCGCGGGGAUGGUUCAUAAACGAGAAACUCUGGAAUGUGUUCUUGGUGAUGACACGACCUGCGAUGUUUUCGAUUGGAGUUGUGCUGAAAAUGACCCAUGGAGGAGGACCCAUCCAACUGAUUGCAACGUUAUAGCCAUAUGCGAAGGAGGAAACAUUGUAACAGACACAUGUGACCCAGGACAGAUGUUUGAUGACGAUCUGUUGAACUGCAUUCCUGGAAGCUGUGAACCCACUGACCCUUUAGACACGAUUUGUGAUGGACAAAUCGAUGGAGUGUUGGUACCUCAUUGGGAUUCGGAAAACUGUGCAGAUUACUACGAGUGUCAAAAUGAAGAUCCUGUCGGAAGAAGCUGCACAGAGGGUCACAUUUUCCAUAGCGUUGAUAGAAUUUGCAUUCCAGGAACUGUUUCUUAUUGUGAAGAUCUUAGGGGACACUGCGUUGGAGUACCGAACGGUAACCAGAUUUUUCCCGAUCCAGUAAAAUGCAACCUGUAUCUGGAAUGUAUGGAUGGAAUAACAACUGUGGGAACCUGUGAUGCUGGAUACAUUUUCCAAGAAACCUUCGGAGUUUGUGUUCCUGGGGAUGUGGAUUCCUGCCAAGUAACGGUUGAUAGUUUAUGCGCUGGAAUGCCGGAUGGAACACAGCUUCCUCACCCCGAUACGAGUAACUGUGAAGAAUACAUUGUGUGUGUUGACGAGCUAUCCACCACUGCGCGGUGUCUAAAUGGGGAGAUUUUCCAUCGGACAGAGAACAUAUGCAUUUCUGGAAUUCCUCAAGCAAGUGAUGGUUCUCAAUGUAUCGAUCUUCGCGAUCGUUGCAUUGGAAGAGCGGAUGGGAAUUAUGCGCUUCUCGAAAGAUGCGAUUUGUAUAUAGUUUGCACCUCGGCGCAAACGACUGUACAAUCAUGUCCAGACGGGCAAAUAUUUCCAGACGAUGCAGUUGGUAACUGUGUCUCAGGGAAUGUGGAUACCUGCGAGGUGUCUGUCUAGUUAUCGAAAAAAGUUGUAUUCACUGGAAAAGCUAAAUAUAUUUAUAAGAACUUGAUUAUUCAGAGA